UCGUAUAAUAUCCAUAGGGCAAAAGCUUCUAGAGGAUUUUGUGAAAUAAUUUUGUGAUCUGUAUUUGUAUCGUUGUAAGGCUGUUGUGAAAAUGUAAUAGUGCGGUGGGGGCCGCAGACUUUGCAAAUUUUAUUUUUUAAACUUCUUUUCCAUUCCCCUGUUGUAAUACAUUUCGGGCAUACUAUCUUUGCUGCAAUAAAGUUGGUCUCAUGAAUUCUCUGUUGUUUAGCUGGAUUUGUAAUUUUGUGCUGCAUUGUCUCUAAGUCAAAUGCCACUAAUCGAUAUGGAUCUCGCUGCUUGGGUUUUAGUGGUCUUAUGUAGCAUCCUCUUUUUGGAUCAUGGUAAUCCCCGCAUUUCCCGCAAUAUUUUUCAAAACAGGCAUGCCCUUUGCGACCGUUUCUGUUGUUAUCAUGAACGUUGUAAAUUUCACCACAUUUUUCACAUUGUUUAG